AUGCUGAACCCAUCUGGAUUAUUGCUUCUGGUGCUCGGCACUAGGUCUGCUCUGGCUGGGAGGCAUGACCAUCGAGCCCACGUGCACCAAAAGCGUCACGCAAACAUGAUGGUGCUGCCAGCAGUCACUCUGGUCGAGUCCCGCACCGUCACCACGACGCUGUUCGAAAACUGCGCUGCAACUCGCACCAUCCGCACCGCGACCACUGUUUUUGGGGAUCUGCCACUCGCAACAGCUCAUCAUCCGGAAGCAGAGGAGACUACCACCGUACUAUUGACGACUACUGUGACCAAAACCGCCACAGAUUUUGUCAGGGUCACUGCUGAGCCUACCCACACGACCGAGUCUUUGCCGGAAGACCGCACCGUGUACAAGCCAGAUGACGUGCUGAACCUGGUCAAGCACAUAGACCCCGCCCUCCCACAGCUGCCGGAACUGCCCAAAUUGCCGCAGCUACUCCCCGACAUACCAAUUGAUCCGCCCAGUAAGCCGAACCCCCCAAAGCAUUUGGACUGGGCUUCAAUCCCUGCCCAAGGGAAAUUUUCAAGAAAAGGAUUCGGAGGGCGCACACCCCCUCAAGACACCAAUAUCCAAUACCGCGGGAACAUCGGCAGACCCUGGGGAUCAAAUAUCAUAGAGGUCAGCCCAAAGGAGGCUCACUUGUACAAAUACGUUGUGCAGUUCACCGGUCCCGAAACUGAACCUUGGACCGUCACAGUGUGGAACAAAGUCGGCCCAACCGGCAAGAUGGACGGGUGGUACGGGCACGCAGCGUUGACAUUCGUGCUUCACCCGCACGAGGUGCGCUAUGUCGCGUUUGACGAAGAUUCCGAAGGAGGCUGGGCUGCAGGACCCGGUGAGGACGGUCUCCCCACUGACACCUGGGGCGGGUACACGACUACCUGGGGCGAGUUCGCCUUUGGCGACGUCGAGAAUGGCGGGUGGUCGGGCUGGGAUGUUUCGGCUAUCCAGGCCCAGCUCGCUGGUCAGCAUGUGCAGGGCAUGCGGAUCUGCAAGGCUGAUGGGACGGGGUGCUCGAUUGUUGGGCCGAACGCGAAUACAGUCAUCAAUGCGUAUACAGAUUCCAAGCGCCAUCGCAAUGGCAUCGGCGGUGCUACUGGGCCUGGACCGGUGCGUUUAGUUGCGCAUAUUGAUUACCAGCGAUGA